AAAGUAAAUCUCGUGUGUCUAUCCUCUAUUCGAGAAGAAGAAGAGGAGGAGGAAGGAAGAACGAGAAGCUCGCGAGAGGAGAGGAUGCUCCGGGACGAGUGUCGAGGUUUCUCGUGGACCACGUUGCUCGACAUGGAAGCAUGAGAACGUCGUACGCGGUGGCAUCCACAGCGAGGUGCAGCGCGGACUAAACAGAUUGUAUAUUUACAUACGCAAACGGAGAAUUAUCGGGAGAAACGGAAGUUAAAAGGGAGGGGAGUUUGCAUCAGUGGAGGACGAUGUAUCGGCCUAACUUCUACGAGAGCACGUGCCUUAGGUGCGCUCAGACCGUGUACCAAGUGGACAGGGUCGGCCCGUUGAAGGACUUCACGUUCUUUCACGCGGGUUGCUUCAAGUGCGCGAUAUGCGGCACCAAGCUGACCCUGAAGACAUACUACAACAACCAGCACACGAUCAACGACAAGGAGGUGUACUGUAGCAGCCACGUACCAAAACCGGGCCCAGGAACCUUGGACGGGUCCAGCGUGGGCAUUAGGAGCGCGCUGAACGUGCCGAGGAGCGGUUACGUCAACGAGCAGAUCAGAGCCGGAGGCGCGUCGCCGCGGGGAGUUUAUCCGUCUUGUUACGAUAAUGUAGACUCGCCUAAUUGUGCCAGGCACCUAAACGGACACGGUUCACCGCCAGCCGCCACGAAUUCGUCUCAUCGCGAUGUUCAUGGGAACGCGGGCGGAGGAGCGUCCUCGCCUUACAACCACAAUUAUUCCGGCGAUGGGAGCUACCAGUAUGGCAGAUUCGACGCGAGCGCGCUUCACAUCGCCCAUGCCCUUAAGCAGACGGAGCUUCAGAAGGGCUACAGCAAGGCACGCGAGAAGCCCAUCGAUUAUUAUCUGGAUCGAGAUGAGCAAACGAGACUGGAGAUGAAACAUCGCAAGGAAGAGGAUGACCUCUAUAGAAAAUUCGCUCAUCAUCGUGAAGAGGAGGACAGACGAAUUCGCGAGGAAUUUAGGGACGAAUGGGAGAAAGAGCUGGAACAGCUAUCGGCAAGAUGGGAACGCGAAAAAGGCGGAAGAGCACGGGCACAGCAAUUUCAACAGGAGAAAGAGGAUUUAGAGAAGAACAUGACUCUGCGCAGGGACAAGAAGAAGGAAAGUCUCACGCGCAAAAUGCUCGAGCACGAACGGGCGGCAACCGCCGCGUUGGUGGAGAAACAGAGCUCGGAGAUGUUGGAGCUGAUCAAUGAGGCGAGAAGCGAGUAUAUGCGCCAGGAGAGCCUCUAUCUCGACGAGGGGGACGGUUAUGCCCAGGAAGCACCGCCUAUGCCUUAUCCGUCGCGUGCUCCACCCCCUCAACCCCCGGCCCUAGCCAAGUAUCACAUCUACAAUGAUCCUCUGGAGUUUGCUGACAUGGAUCAGAUAGCUAUUUCGGUAGCUCAGGAAGAUCAGAAAACGUUCACGGAUUUGGUGCGGCAGUUGGUGAGCAGAUGCGGAUCGGAUAUAGAGAAGGCCCGGACGAUAUUCCGAUGGAUCACCGUGAAGAAUCUAAACACCAUGCAAUUCGACGAGAAUCUGCGCGGGGACACGCCUAUGGGUUUGCUGAGAGGCAUAAAACACGGGACUGAAAGUUACCACGUUCUCUUCAAACGACUAUGCAGUUACGCCGGAUUGCAUUGUGUGGUUAUAAAGGGUUACAGCAAAUCUGCCGGCUAUCAACCGGGAGUUUGCUUCGAGGACAACCGAUUUCGGAACAGUUGGAACGCGGUUUACGUAGCCGGUGCGUGGAGAUUCGUUCAGUGCAAUUGGGGGGCUAGACAUCUGGUCAAUGCCAAAGAAGUUCCUCGUCCUGGCCAACCGAAAGCUAAGAACGACAGUCUGAGAUACGAAUACGACGAUCACUACUUCCUGACGGACCCAAGAGAAUUCAUCUACGAAUUCUUUCCUCUUCAAGAGGAGUGGCAAUUGCUCAAACAACCGAUUUCGCUGAAAGACUUCGAGGAGCUGCCUUUCGUGCGCUCCUUGUUCUUCAGGUACGGCCUUUACUUUCCGGAUACGAACACGAAUGCCGUUAUGUACACGGAUUCAACGGGCGCGGCGACCGUCAGGAUAGCGAUGCCUGCUCAUAUGCAGUCCUCCCUGAUCUUUCACUACAAUCUCAAGUUCUACGACAACGACGGCGACGGUUACGACGGUGUUUCGUUGAAACGAUUCGUCAUGCAGUCCGUGGUCGGGAACAUCGUCGCAUUCCGCGUGCACGCUCCGUGCUCGGGAGCUUUCCUCCUGGACAUAUUCGCGAACGCGGUGACGCCGAAGGAAUACCUAACCGGCGAGCCGAUGAAGUUCAAGAGCGUGUGCAAAUUCAAAAUCGCCUGCGAGGAGUUGCAAACGGUGAUGGUACCUUUGCCAGACUGCGCCAGCGGCGAAUGGGGACCGACGAAAGCCACGAGAUUGUUCGGUCUGAUACCGAUCACUCAUCAGGAGGCACUGGUGUUCGCUGGUCGCGAGCUAGAAAUCCAAUUUCGAAUGUCGAGACCGCUGACCGACUUCAUGGCGACGUUGCACAAAAAUGGCAUCGAGGAAAAACGGCUGUCCAAAUACGUCACGCACUCGAUCGCCGACGACGACGUGGUGACUUUCUCGAUCAGCUUUCCCGAAGAGGGCCAGUACGGUUUGGACAUUUACACCAGGGAAUCAACCAGUCCGACAAACGUGCCGCAUGACAUCACCGGUGAAAAGCACUUGCUCACGCACUGCUGCAAGUAUCUGAUUAACUCUAGCAAGAGGAACUAGCGAUCAACGACUACGAUUUCGUAUUUAUAUGAUACACACACACAC